AUGGUGAAGUUACUUCCCGCCCAAGAGGCAGCCAAGAUCUAUCACACCAAUUAUGUGCGGAACUCGCGGGCCAUCGGUGUGAUGUGGGGCACGCUUACCAUCUGCUUUUCUGUGCUGGUCAUGGCUCUCUUCAUCCAACCCUACUGGAUCGGUGACAGCGUCAACACACCCCAGGCGGGGUACUUUGGCCUAUUCUCCUACUGCGUGGGCAACGUCCUGUCCUCUGAGCUCAUCUGCAAGGGGGGCCCCCUCGACUUCUCUUCCAUCCCCUCCAGAGCCUUCAAGACUGCCAUGUUCUUUGUGGCCUUGGCCAUGUUCCUCAUCAUUGGCUCCAUCAUCUGCUUCAGUCUGUUCUUCGUGUGCAACACAGCCACCGUAUACAAGAUCUGCGCAUGGAUGCAGCUGGCUGCGGCCACAGGCCUGAUGAUUGGUUGCCUGGUCUACCCAGAUGGUUGGGACUCAAGUGAAGUACGGCGCAUGUGCGGGGAGCAGACCGGCAAGUACACCCUAGGCCACUGCACCAUCCGCUGGGCCUUCAUGCUGGCCAUCCUCAGCAUUGGCGACGCCCUCAUCCUCUCCUUUCUGGCGUUUGUGCUGGGCUACCGGCAGGACAAACUCCUCCCUGACGACUACAAGGCAGAUGGAAACGUGUCAAUACCCAGUCCUGGGGCUACUGAGAUCAACAGUGUGGAGAAGUCUAGGGUCAGGGACAAUCCUUGCAGCAUGUCCAGUUUUCCAGAAGAUGAGCCAGAAGGGACAGCAGCCAGUAACCAAAAAGAUGCCAAGGCCCUAGGCGGGUCCACACUAAAGGCCCUCAGCCUGCCACAGCCCGACUUCCACAGCCUCGUCCUGGACCUGAGUAACCUUUCUUUUGUGGACACUGUGUGCCUCAAGAACCUGAAGAAUAUUUCCUGUGACUUCUUGGAGAGGUGGAUGUGUACAUGGCUGCCUGCCACACCCCUGUAA